AUGAGUCCUGCUGUCACCGAGACCACCGCGCAAUCCGACCAGAUCCCGGAAUCCAUCAGACCGGCCACUUCUCGUGGAUACGCCCUCACAGAGAGAGGCGUGCACAACAUCUCCAAGGGAGCUCCUCCUCCCUUCCCUAUCCCGGAGUUUGACGACCCAUACAAGAAGCGCGAAUGGCUGCUGGAACACAUGGCCGGCGCCUUUCGAGUUUUUGCCCGCAAGGGCUACACCGAGGGAAGUUCGGGCCACAUCUCCGUCAGAGACCCUGUGGACCCAAACACCUUCUGGAUCAACCCGCUCGGUAUCCACUUUGGCCUGCUCAAGGCCAAGGACAUGGUCCAGGUCGACGAGGACGGAAACAUCAUCGGCGGAAACAGAGUGGCCAUCAACGCUGCCGGUUUCGCGAUCCACUCGGCUCUGCACAAGGCCAGACCAGACGUCAACGCUGCCUGUCACAUGCACUCCGUGUACGGAAAGGCGUACUCUGCGUUCGGCAAGCCGCUCGAGAUGAUCAGCCAGGACGCCUGCAAUUUCUACAAGUCGCACGCUGUGUACACGAACUUCGGUGGUGUUGCUAUCGAGGCCAAGGAGGGCCAGGAGAUCGCUGCUGCUAUUGGCGACGGCCACGGCGCGAUUCUGCAGAACCACGGCCUCAUCACCGUCGGAUACACCGUGGACGAGGCCGCCUACAUGUUCUCGCUGAUGGAGCGCUGCUGCGAGUGUCAGCUUCUGGCCGAUGCCGCAGAGAACCAGGGCAGAAAGAAGCAGAUCAUCGGCGACGAGGAGGCUGCGUAUACAUACCACAUGAACAGCGACAGAGAGACUCUAUACAUGGAGUUCCAGCCCGAUCUUCAAUGGGAGAUUGCUCAGAACGACGACUUUUUGAGCUUCUCGAAGCAGGAUAAAUAA